AUGCAAGUUGACAAAUUCAUCAUAUAUACAAUCGUGAUAAUUGCCAUAGCUAUCUUUGUUAGCAUGCCAGAAAUACAUGCUUUUGGAAUAAAAUUAACUACCACAACAGCAGCUCCUAAUAAGAGACUUUUGGAUAAACUAUUGGAUGGAUUGUACCAAUUUUUUAAUCGUCAUUGAGGAGGUAAGAUAAAACGAUUUUUAACAACGUGUAGUUAGGCAUUCAAGUACUUUUUAAAAAAAAAACAAUUAUACCUGAUACAUAAAACAAACUGUUCAGUUUAUUUAAAAUAUAGUUCAUUAGCUUAGAACAGAUUGUAUAAUUCUAUAAAAAUUAAUAAUAAACUUUAUCACAUGAAGUCAAGUGAUUAAAAACAAAAAUUAAAACAAAACUUCAAAAUAUGAUGAAAUAUUCAGAUUAGUUUUAGUUUCAGUUUGGAAAUGACAGGAGGCUUGAUGGCGUGUGUUAGUCCUGGCAAUGAUGGU